UCCCACCAGGAGGAGGAGGGGGGCAGUGAAGCACCGGCAUUUUUUAUUAUCUUAUGAUCGUCUUUCUCAUGAUUUCUUUUUUAUCGUCAGGAGAGAGAAUUGCAUGACGUCACUGACGGAACAUCAUCUUCGUGCAUCCUCAAUCUUUCUGAGCCGGUCAAGGUUAUUUUCAGAUACUACUAAUAAUAAUAUUAGCCAAUGUUAUUGUGAGGGAGCUGCACGGGGAGACAUGCACUGCCCAGCCGAAUUCGACGAGGUGGAUUCAGGGUUAGAAGCGAGGACGUGAUCAUCGGAUCCAGAAGAGGAAAGGGGGCGACGACGACCUGCUUCCAUGCGUAGAUCGUCACCAUGUCCAGGGCUUUCCGGAGACUGGUCCACUUGGUGCUCUUCUGUCCUCUAUCCAAAGGCCUGCAGAGUCGCCUCCCGGGCAUCAAGGUCAAGUACCUCCUGCUGGCGUGGUUGGGCGCCCUGGUGGCCAGCUGGGUGCUCUACAUGCAGUACGCCUCCUACGCCGAGCUCUGCCGCGGACACGUCUGCCAGGCGGCCAUCUGCGAUCACUACAGGCGCGGUGUCAUCGCCGGCUCGUCCUGCAAGGCGCUGUGCGAGCAGAGGACGCUGACGCUGCAGCGUUGCAUGUCCACUUCCUCCCAACAUCAGGUGUACGCCGGCCUGUGGAAGGAGCGGCCCGUCGUGAUCAAGUGUGGGAUCGAGGACCGCCACAAGGUCGACGGCGCUCCGGAUUCGUCGCCCGGGCGGGAGGGGAGCUUGUUCGACAAACCAACGCGUGGAACCUCAAUGGACGAGUUUAAAGAGAUGAUGCUCGGCUUCCUCAAGGCUAAUUUUGGGGAGCAGCCAUCUUUGAGUGCUUUGGUGGACAGGAUUAUUUCCCUGGCGGACAUCAACCAGGAUGCGAAGCUGUCUCUGGCAGAGGCCAAGUCCAUCUGGGCCCUCCUCCACAUCAAUGAGUUCCUCCUGAUGGUGGCGCUGCAGGAGAAGGAGCACACCCCCAAGCUGCUGGGUUUCUGCGGAGACUUGUACGUGACGGAGCCUCUGGGCCACACCGCCCUCUACGGGCUGGAGGCGCCCCCUUACCUGCGCCACCUGGUCCCGGAGGCCCUCAUCACUGGUUUGAACCGGUGGCUGGCCCCCGCGUGGCCCCGUCGGGCGCGCAUUACCAUCGGCCUGCUGGAGUUCGUGGAGGAGGUCUUCCACGGGCCCUACGGCAGCUUCCUCAUCUGCGACGCCAGCCCCCGCCACGUGGGCUACAACGCCAAGUACGACUGCAAGAUGGCCGACCUGCGCAAUGUGGCCUCGGAGGCGGCGGUGCGGGCGUACCUGAAGGGGCGGCACUGCAAGACCAACGCCGACUGCACGUACGGCCGCGACUGCACGGCCACCUGCGACCGCCUGGUCAAGCAGUGCAACACGGACGUGGUGCAACCCAACCUGGCCAAGGUGUGCGCGCUGCUGCAGGACUUCCUGCUCUUCGGGGCGCCGGCGGACCUAAGGGGCGACCUGGAGAGGCAGCUGCGCACCUGCGUGACGCUGAGCGGGCUGGCUAGCCAGAUGGAGGUGCACCACUCGCUGGUCCUCAACAACCUGAAGACGCUGCUGUGGAAGAAGAUCUCCAACACGCAGUACUCCUGAAUGACACACGGUGGCGACAAAUUUUCCCUCCCGUUUAACCUGUGCAGGAUCACGGAGGGGGUGGAGCCUAUACCAGCUGACCAAUGAGGAAGUAAAAGACAAGCAAAUUGCGAUGAGGUGCAACUGUAAAUAUUUCCACUGUGAAAGUGAAACGACUGUCGACCUGAUUUUAUACGCUGGAACCUCUAAAGUCCAAUACUUCGUUUACAUUUUGAGGUAAAAAUGUACCUCACAACUCCGCCAGCAUCAAAGAAUUUGCGUUUUCUUUCUUUCUGUCACGCGAGGCGGCGGCUAUCAUGACUAACUGGUGGGCGGAACGACGGCGUUGGUUAUAUCACACGUCUAGGUUGGACAUUCGUGCUUGCGCUUAUGCCUGAGCAAAUCUUGUACUUUGUGGAUUAUUUUGAGUUAUUUGGGGUUUUUGUUUUCUGUUCAGCAAGGUGCCACUUGUCAGUCAUAACUGGUGGGAGGAACUGCGUGUGUGCUCGACUGCAAGCAAGCAUGCCUUUGUGGAUUAUUUCAAGUUGUUUCCGUUCUAUUAUUCUUGCUGACUGGCGAGCGAAGCAACGGAAUUAACUAUAUGACACGUCCUGGUUGGGCGUUUGUGCAUGUGCUCAUGCGUGAACAAGCAUACCUUUGACUUUGUGGAUCAUUUUGAGUCAUUCUGGUUCUUUCCAGUACGCAAGGUGGUAGUUAUCGUCCAUAACUGGUGGGAGGAUUGCUCGUUUAAGCAACUGGUCUUUACAAGUGAAGCGUGGCCAAGCCCUGCAGUGCGACCGCACCCCAAAGUUAAUAUCUUUUUACACUUACAUGACGGUCAAGAACAGAUGACUCAUUUUCUUGUCACAUUAUUAUUUCUCGAUGCAAACACAGCCAAGGUCAACGAGUGUCUCGGAAUGUUGGGCUUUCGAGGUUCCGCUGUAUAAAAGUCCAAGGGGCUGAUGUGGACAAUCAGUAGUGAUUAAAAACUUGUUGGAACACGUCAGUUCAGAACAUUCUCUUUUUUUCAGACAAUGAUGAGACAGCUUCAGUUAAGAUUUUUUAUUUUUUUAUUUAUUUUUUAAUUCAACAAAAUAAGUCAACAAAAUAACUCGCCAAGCACGUCUGUCCGCUCGCCUCGCAGCAUCUGUGAAGGCAAGUUGUGGUCUUGUUAAUGUUUCCAUUGGUGUUCCACUCGGAAGCUUGUCAGUUUUAAAGGUGUCAAUGUGCGGCUCGGUUCCAAACCCAAAGUCCA